CCGGUAGAACUACGACGGAGACUCGAAGUCUGUAUUCGAUCGUUUUGGGAAUUGGAUUGCGAGGGUGAAGCAUCUACUCAUCAAUCCCAGCGUGAGGAGGUCAGUGGACGACCGUUGCCGGGUUCUGUGGGAGUACCUUUAUUCAAAGACAGCUUCUGGCCCACAUUCAG